AUGAAGCUUUCAGCCACGCUUGCUGGCUUUGGCCUGGGAGUCUUCACGCUCCUCGGGUCCGUGGCCGCUCACCCCUUUUCUCCCGACACGACAUCGCUGUCCGGAUUGGGCAAUCAUCUUUCCCGGCGUGCUGACCCCGGAGAGUUUUAUCUCAGGAUCAUGCCACUUGGGGCCUCAAUUACGGCUGGAGACUUUUCGCAAGAUAACGGAAAGAACGGAUAUCGUAAAUUUACUCGCGACAAGCUCCGAUCAGAUGGCUGGGACGUCAACAUGGUGGGCAACUUUAACUCGGGCUCUAUGAGUGACAAUGACCACGAAGGAGUUAGCGGUGACCGCGUCGAUCAAGUCGAGGAUCGCGCCAGAGGCUCGUGUCGAGUCUGGCUUCCAAACGUUGUGCUCAUCAACGCCGGUACGAAUGAUGCCAACCAAAACUGGGAUGUCGACCGGACAGGUUUGCGCAUGCAAGAACUCAUCAACACCAUCAUUGCCGAAGUUCCUGAUGCAGUGAUCGUUCUUUCGACGCUUCUGCCUACGAGUAAUGGGGAAUCACAGGCUAGGGUCAAUCGCAUCAAUGACCAGUAUCGUCAAGUACUCCGUGAAUUCGUGCCCGUGGAUGAGGACGGGCAAGAGGAGCCCAAUCCGAGUAUCAAGGUGGUACUAGCGGACAUGGCAAGCUUCCUCACUCUCGAUGACAUCCACGACGGCAUACACCCCGACAUCGAGGGCGAGAAGAAGAUGGCAGCUGUGUGGGUCUGGGCCAUCAACUAUGCCAACGAAAAGGGCUGGAUCACGGAGCCGACUGACUCUGGCAAAUUCGACGACGCCCAACCCAGCAGGACCUGCCGAAAGGAACUAGGAAGCGGCGCGUUUGACUACCGCAGCGGUCGACAAGUUCUGUACGCUCGCGCCGGUGAGAUUAAAAACGACGGCACUUACAGGCAUUCCGGCAUUCCUCGGGACGACCGCGCCGGCGAUAUCCCCGACGUUGAAGAUGAUGGAUCGUUGUGGUUUGCACAGCUAGUCAAUCGCGGCGGCGCUCACAAGCUGGGCGAAAUUGACGAGAUGAUUGUCGCAAAGUCCGAUAGCUCCACAUCUGAUAGUUCGCCGAGGAAGUUCACCAUGUUUGUCAACUAUGGAGGCGCGACUUUCCCGGAGCAGCACGAGAUUACUGUUCCCGACUCUUGCUCAAACGAGGCCAUUCGAUGGGGCGAUCUGAACGGCGAUGGACUCGAUGACUUUAUCUGCAUCUUUGCCAACGGUGAGAUGCAUGCGUCUUUGAACGAGGGCGGGAACCCCCCAACCUUCAGACAGCUCGGUCUGUAUAAAAGCCCUGAACUUGGAAAAGGACGUGAUCGCGUUCGUCUGGGAGAUAUCGACGGCGACGGGAGGCUUGAUUAUUGUGUCAUGCCCGACACCGGUGAUGUCCAUUGCUGGAGGAACGGAGGCCUCGGCGCCAAAGCAGCCUACUGGCAAGAUCUAGGAUCUGGUGGCCCGGUGUUCACAGCCAAGGGCAUGGGCGAUAUGAGAGGUGUCCAAUUUGUCGACAUCAACAACGAUGGCCGCUAUGACUGGCUGUGGAUGAGCACGACAGGCCGUGUCACAACAUGGAUCAACCAGCGCGGCUCAGGUAAGGGCAUGGUGCCAAGCUGGCUCAAGGCCGCCAAUGAUGGCAUUACACACGGAGGGAUGGGAACCGACAUUGGCGACAAUCGCGAACAUGUCCGCUUUGGCCGAUUGUGGGAUGGACGACCAAGUUACAUCCACUGGGAGAUCGACGAUGGCCAUCUCACAUUCGACGUGUGGGAGAACCGUGGAAGCGGUGGAAAGCAUCAGAAAGGCGACGGUAUUUUCUGGGGAGACGUGACGGGAUCCGGCUUCGACGACUAUGUUUGGAUUCGCUCCAACGGUGAAGUCACCGUGUUCCCAAACGUUUACGACCAGAGCACUUCAUCUGACAGGUACUACCGGGAGGACACCAACGCUUGGGGCCUCCCCAGCGCCACACUCAACACUGGCUUGGACCGUCGUGCGCUGCACGUUGGGGACUGGGAUGGUGAUGGGAAAGCCGAUAUUAUCGGCGUGGACCGAGAAACGGGCGGCGUCAAAAUCUGGUACAGCAACUGGGACGGCACCAACUUCAACUGGGACCCACAGGACCACAGGAGCACCACAAACGGCUGGUGCACCGAAGGCUGGGGACUUCUCCCCGGCGACCACGGAGCCCACUUUGCUGAUGUUACGGGGUCCAAGAAGGUCGACUAUCUCUGCAUGAAGCCCGACGGCACUACGACAGCCUGGUUGAGAGACUUCUCGGAUAGACCGUGGAGAAACGUCGGCCAGGUCAAGUACACAGAGGACCUCGACCGCGCAAACUUCCGCUUCGCAGACAUUGACGGCGAUGGAAAGGCCGACAUGGUGCAUACCGACAAGUUUACUGGCAACGCGCGCGUGUGGUACGCUGUAGGGGAGCGAAGCGACCCAGAGAACAACGGAGGCAGUGCUAUGGAAUGGGAACGGCCACAACUGCUCUUUUCGGGUGCCGCUAGAGGAGAGGACACAUUCUUCCCCGAGCUCUCAGGCCAGGGUCGUGGUGACAUGGUCUGGAUCGACCCAACCUCUGCCCAUGCUUGGAUUUCAUUCAACUCCUGCGCCGCCGGGGGCGAUGACGGAGAGGAGACACCUGCCGACCCAGGGCUGCCUGAGUAUAACCCACCGGACAACCCUGGGCCCGGACCAGGCGACAGCUGGUUCUGCGAUGGGAAUGCCGGCACCUGGGACGAGGACAUGUGGUUCGCACACGGCGUCGGAACCUGGUUCCUGCAGAGGAGCGAAUCCUACUACGCCGUUGACAGGGACUGGCCGCGGAACGAGGGCAGUGAGGAGAUUGAGGGCGUCCCGCGGAUCAUUGCCAAGUUCGACGGUUUCAAUCAGGACGACAUCUGGAACUGGCCUGCCUCGUGCAGAGACAUUUCCAUGACUUGUACCUUGGAUGAGGAUCACCUGUCUGACGAUGACAAGUGCCCAAGGCAUGAGGAGCGCGCCUUUGUCCUAUGGUCGCUUCGGAAUGUUGCCAGGAAUCUUCAGCACUUUUAUGAAGUCUUCUACCGUGGACUCUUCCUCGCGGAUUUCGACGUACCGGGGAGUGCCGAGGACUUUGUCGACGGAGGCGCUGGAGACAUAGGCCUGGAAACCGCUGGCCUCCUGACCGUCGCAGCCGGCAUGUUCACAAGUCUUGGUGCUGUGGCCGCCCCGGGUGCUGGAGUCGCCCUGAACACGUUUGCCGGUAUUGUGACCAUGGCUGCUGGGAUGGCAGGCGGCACAAGCGGUCCGCCCGAGGACGUCCGCUUCAGCAAUUUUGCCGACAUCAGCACCCUCCUUGGCGAUCUUGGCGAAUGGUUUGGCGAGCGCAUGGGCGCCUACUUUGACGAUCUUCUUUCGAGGACCCCGUCUGAUGACGACUUUGACGAGGGAAUGAGGCUUGCCCGCCUUCUGCAGGACGGCGGCUUUGCGAACCAGGACUCGGUAGUCGAUACCAGUGCGACGGACAUUCGGAACGUGAUCUUUGCGUCCAUCAUAAGCGAGAUCUGGAACGCGCAGCAGGUCGCCAUCAUCAAAUGGUCCAACGACGGAUGGGUCGCCAACGACUGGGGCUUCUCUCCUUGCUACGGCGACCAAGAGGACUUGGGCAUGGGCAGCCACAUCGCCUGCGUUAACGAGAGGAACUUUGCCAUCGGUCGUUUCGACAAACCCGGCGACCGGAACCCCUGGGCCAGGAACUGGCCCGAUGUGGGUCAGGAUGAAGAUACGCUAGGCAAGUACGAUCUCAACCACGUCGAAGUCAUCAACGCUGCCGAGCGCAUGCAGGAGCGCGCGCAGAGUUACAAGCCGCGGCGGGACUUUGACGCGCUGAAAGACGUGUUCGAAGACAUACAGAAUGACCCCACUGCGGCGGACAGGCUGAACAGGCUAAAACAGAUCAACGUGCCAGUUUGCGACAUGGACUUGGUGGACGACCCCGACAUGACCUGGCCGACCAUCGGAUACUGCCAAGAGGACACUCGGAGUCGCGGCUGCUUCUGGGAACUGAUUGACAAGAACUGCAAAAAGCUGAGCUUGGGGGGGAUGCAGUGGCCAUACUAG